UAUAACUGAUAAGGUGGUUCCAGUUUCAAUUGGUAAAAAAUACAUAGGCGGUUUUCAUAAAUAUUUGCUCUUUAUUAUUCCGAGUAUGUUCCUGAAGUUGGCGCCAAAUUCGCCGACAAAAGUAUUAUUGUAAUGACAACAUGACGAUGCAAAUAUUAAACAAAUAAAGAUUACACGACUUUUCGUUGAUAUUUACAAACGCAUUUCGUGAAUCCCCUUAAUUUCGUAUAAAUUUAACUGAAAUGAUUUGGCACAAACAGCUAACUUCACGACUGUUUAAUUUGAUUGUCAAAUUCAAUGUCAGCGAUUAUCGCAAGACAAUAACAUGUUAAGUAAGAAAUCAGAAAAACAUAGUGGAGAACACUUGAUAAGAUAACGCAGAUUUGUCCGAGGACCCCUCCAACUGUGAUUUCAUUGCAUGUCAGUGCCUCAGUUCCCAGCAAAAAGCCGAAGCAAGUACCCUUAUCAGAAUGGCCGAAGAGAUCAAGCAUUUGCCCAUGGUGGUGCCCUUGCCCUUGCCGGAGGCCCAGCUCGUCGAAAUCGUGGAGAAGUCCAAAGACUGGGCCCUCAUGCAUGGGGCUGCCAUGCGCUCCAAGACCAACUUCUCGGAGGACGCCCUCCAGUUCGCCCCCUUUGUGCUGAUCCCGUCGGCGUUCCCGCGCAAGGAGUUCGCCAAGGCGCUCGAAAUCCAGCUGAUUUUGAACGAGCUGAUGCACAAGGUGGCCCACGACCGGCGCUUCCUCACCGAGAGCCUCAAAGAGACGAUCAAAGUGGACGAGUUCACGGGGAAUCUGUUCCGCAUUUACGAGACGGUGCACUCCGAGGGGCUCACACAGCCGAUUAGUUUGGGUAUGGUUCGGUCAGAUUUGAUGUUGGAGGGAUCGUGCAGAAGGCACACGCCGACCUCGGCGCCCUUCUGCUGCUGGAAGCAGGUGGAGUUCAACACGAUCGCGUCGGGUUUCGGCUGGCUGGGGCCGUCUUCAGGGCGCGCCUCUUUGGGACUGCUGCGGUCUGAUUACAUGGUGAAUUCGGCGUCGACUGACAAAAUUAAACAAGUCGAAAUAAAUACGAUUGCCUCGAGCUUCGCAGGCAUCGGCACAAACAUUACGGUAUUCCAUAGGUACAUUUUACAAGAAUUGGGUCACAGCGAAAUGCUCAAAAACUUGCCGGAAAAUAAUGCACUCGAAGGCCUUUGUAGUGGCAUGAUUGAAGCAUGGAAAAUUUACGGUAACCCCAAAGCCGUCAUCAUGUUCCUAAUCGAAGACAUUACUUACAAUAUUUGCGAUCAAAGAUUUCACGAAUUUAAAAUCAGGGAAAUGUGUCCUCAGGUUCGUGUCAUUCGGCGCACUUUGACCGAUAUGGCAGAUAGGGCGAGUUUAGGGCCGAAAAAACAACUGUUGAUAGAUGGGUGCGAGGUUGCGGUUAUUUAUUUUAGAGCUGGGUACGAACCGGGGCAUUAUCACAGUCAGAAGGAAUGGGACGCCAGGCUUUUAAUGGAAAGGUCGCUGGCUAUAAAGAGUCCCUCGAUUCACUAUCACUUAGCUGGGACGAAAAAAGUCCAACAAACCCUAGCUAAGCCAGGGGCUUUGGAACAAUUUUUGAGCGACCCUGUGAAGGUUGAAAAAGUCAAGCAGAUUUUUGCGGGUCUCUACAGUCUUGAUUUUGACGAACUGGGGGAACAAGCGAUUCAAAUGGCCAUUGAUGACCCGGAAAGAUUCGUUUUAAAGCCCCAGAGGGAAGGCGGUGGUAAUAAUGUGUACGGGUUGGAGGUGCGAGACGCUGUUAAAAAAAUGAAAGAUAGUGAAGAACGCACGGCUUGGAUUUUGAUGGAACGGAUUCAUCCGCCGUUAUCUACGGGGUAUAUGGUGCGACCUGGGGGUAGUAAGGUUCCACAGUUGGUGGACAUGGUUUCGGAGUUGGGGAUUUUUGGGGUCGUGAUUGGGGAUGCAGAAAAAAUCACGUAUAAUAAACAAGUGGGGCAUAUGCUGCGGACUAAAGUGGCAACUGCGAACGAAGGUGGGGUGGCUGCGGGUUUGGGUGCCUUAGAUAGCCCAUAUUUGAUAGACUAGCAUUUGUACGCAAGUUGAUAAUAAAACUAUCACACAGUAA